UCUCUCUCUAUCUAUCUAUCUAUCUAUCUAUCUAUCCAUCUAUCUCUGUCUCUAUCUCUCAGGUGGACUAUUGAGCUAUUGAGACUCAGGCCUCACUGGCUUCCAAGAAUAUAUGCAUUUAUCCUUGGGAAUGCCCAGCAAACAUGUAUAUGAUCUAGUUUUCUUGCUUUUCGAGGCCUACAUGAGGAGGACGUAUCCCAGGAACCGUUAGAAAUGCCUGUGCAUCAGAUAUCUGUCCUGCCUAUUAGUGGGGAUUCCACGGAACAGGACAGCAUCAAAAGCAAAUUUAAGAGGAAAGAAAAUGAGGCACACAGUUCAACCCAUGUGGCAGUACUGAGCGACGCAGCACAGCUUUUCUCCACAGCUUCCUGUCAGGAAACAUACAGGACUGGUGACUUGUUCAACUUUGGAAAUGGUGCCCCAGAUCAGACCACACCUAUCAUUCCUGUAAGCCACACCCCCAUCACUAAGCAACAGGUGAAGCGUCGAAACCGGCAUCAACGGAAGAGCGUUGGUUGCAUUGAAGAGUGCGCACACACCCGUAACGACUCGUCUUCAGGAGAGGAACAGUACCACAGGGCAGCUCGAUCAUGGAGCCGUGAGAAAGCCCGGCGCAGACGACGCCCACGCUUACUCACGUGCUCCUAUGAAGACGAGACCCACAAACAGGAGCUCGCGACUUCUCAGAGGACGUCCUUAAUGUUAGAGGAGCUUGACAGCAAGUCAGCCAAACGUCUCAGAGAGAGCGAGUGUGGCAUUGGAAAGAGUAGAGAAGAGGAGGAUGAGGAGGAGGAGGAGGAGAAGCGGCCAAUCGCAAAGACGUAUGAGGAGCGAGGAGAGAGAGACGCGGAUAUGUCCGUCCCAACAGCUCAGGAGUACGCUGAGGCAUCCAGUCAGAACGGGACACUACACGAAGUACACACUGACGACGAAACUGAAGUGUGCAGGAUCUGCCAGAGUGAAGGCGAUGAGGAGUGUCCUCUCAUCUCGCCGUGCAGGUGCAUGGGGAGUCUGCGCUUCGUUCAUCAUGCCUGCCUGCACCAGUGGAUCAAAAGCUCAGACACGCGCUGCUGCGAACUGUGUAAAUACAACUUCGUCAUGGAGACGCACCUCAAGCCCAUGCGCAAGUGGGAGAACUUGCAUCUGUCUACAAACGAGCGCAGGAGGAUCUUCUGCUCUGUGAUCUUUCACCUGGUGGCUGUGGCAUGCGUCACCUGGUCCCUCUACAUCUUCGCCGUCAUGGACCAUGCUUCUGAAGGAAUACAGCCAAGCAAAGACCACAAUGGACUGCUGGAGUGGCUGUUCUGGACCAAGCUUGGGAUUGUUGCCCUCAGCGUGGUGUCAGGCCUCUUCUUCAUGUACAUCCAGUUCAAAGUUUACCUCAACCUGUGGAGGCGACUAAAAGCUUUUAACCGCAUCAUCUUCGUGCACAACUGCCCUGACUCUGUGUGCCAAGAAGCUGAAAAGACCACGGCCCUUCACGCUGUUCCUGCCUAUCAGACCCAAACAAAUGUUCCCAGUCCUGCUCUAAAAGGAGGAAGUGCAGAGGUGGAACCUGUCUGAGUUUCUAUUCAGAUAGUGGUUCAGUUGUCAUGGGUAAAGAACAGGAUACGGACGACGCUUAGCGCAACUCAGAAAACCUCUACCUAAUUAUUUAGAAGCCGAAUCGACCAUUUUAACACAAAAGAUUAAGGGGAAGAACUAUGAUUAUGUACAAAUCCUAAACAAAGUUAAAGCCAAUGAACAUCAUUACAGGAAAAAGCCCUGUUGGUUGUCUAGUGCUUCAUGGACAUGUCUUAUAGAGUAAAUUUUCUUAACCAUGAUCAUAGUUUUCAGUAACAGACUAUUAUACUUUAAAAUAUAUAUAUUUUUGUAAUGACUAAAAUGCUGAUUUUUAUCUUUAGGCCCUUAAAGAUUUAUUACUGGUUCUGUUUUACCGAGGAAUAGUAAAGAUGGCUGCUUGUGAUAAUUGUGGUGUUUGAUGUAGUUUUCACACGGUCGAGUGGAGUAUCUUCUCGUGAUGCAAUAAUCUUGACAGAAUUUUUUUUUCUUCUUCAGUCUUAACACUGAUGAGAUUCUCAAAUCCCAAAACGAAUCUCAAAACGAGAAUAAAUCGUUCAAAUAAGAACAAACAGAGUAGAAAAUGGAGGAAGGGGCUGAUACAAACACCUCAGCUGAAGGAAGAUUUAGCGCUCACUAUAUAUUAUUAACUAUUUUUUUGCCAUGAAAGAGAAUCGAAAUGAUUUCCACUUCUGCCUUAUAGCCUUUACCCUUAUCGUUCAUUUCAUGCUCCAAGCUGCCUCGCCCUUUUAUGGAGUUUUGUGGGCGUCACUACAUGCAAAUGAGCGGUCUCUGGGAAUUUAGCCUCGAUCACAAAAAUCAAGCAAACGUAUAUGAAUGAUAUUCAGAAGUUUGCAAUUUUUCAACAGGUUUAUAGAUCCAUGUAACAUCAUCACAACACAACACGAAUUCAGACAAAGCCCUCUUCGGUUCUCGUGUGUCGAACAUGAAUACGGUUAUCACAGAAAACCUAAAAACCACAAUAAACUCC